UCGCAGAGUAAAGACGCUUUGUAGGUGCGUGCGUUACUGAAGUUUGCGCACAUCUUACACUAGUUUUAUUUAUUUUUUUAAUUCCUGUGCAACGCUCAAGUGGUACUUGGUGCUGGCAUUUAAAGUAAGCGCACUUAGUAAAAUGUCGAGCACGUGGUUGUUGUGUGCGGGCGUGGUGCUGUUGGCGGGCGCGGCGAGCGGCAUCAAAUGCUGGCAAUGUGGCCAGUACAGCGACGGUGUUGGCUCCAUCACACCUUGCAAUAACCGCAGCGCCACGCGCCUCGCUGAUUGUCCGCCAGCCGCAAAGUACUGCAUUAAAUACGUGAGUGAGUUGACAGUGGUCCGUGACUGUGUACCGACAUGCACAGAGAAAGAAUGGUGGGGCGCUCGAACCUUCUGCUGUGAAUCGGACGAAUGCAAUUCAGCCUACAUACAUACUUCUGCGACCCGCUUUGUCUUCGCAGCACUCGUGUUGGUUGCAGUCAUUGCGCGCUGACGGAUUCAAGAUAUUACUUUGAGUUAUUUGAACUUAUCCUGAGUUUUUACACAGUACGAU